AAAUGGCUACUGAGCUAUGUUAAAAGUAUGUCUUGGUGCAACAUGUUAAUUCUAAAGUCCGCAUGGCGUGAUGAGCCUGAUAUACAUUUUUGGUUAAUUUGAGUGUUUUUUUCUCUGGUGCUGAUCCCUGAAUGACGCGAUAUAAAGACUCCUAAGAAAGACGAAGGUUCAGUCCUUGAUAUUGAUUGUGUUACUUUUGCAAUGCGUUCUGAAGCACAAACCAUAGACAUGUAUCAGAACAAGUACUUUCUAGCUCCCAUGGUGCGUAUCGGGACCCUUCCGGCACGAUUACUGGCGCUCAGAUAUGGGGCUGAUUUAGUCUACACUGAGGAAAUAAUUGAUUUCAAGAUGUUAAGAACAACUCGUGUCAAAAAUGAGCUACUGAACACAGUUGACUUUGUUAUGAGUGAUGGUACCGUAGUGUUUCGCACGUGUCAGGAAGAGACUACACAUGUGGUGUUUCAAGUGGGAACUGCAGAUGCAGACAGAGCUCUUCAAGUAGCAAAGAUGGUUGAGAAAGAUAUUGCAGCUUUUGAUGUGAAUAUGGGAUGCCCGAAAGACUACUCUGUCAAGGGCGGCAUGGGCGCAGCGUUACUGACUGAACCAGAGAAAGUUAAAAAGAUUCUGACAACUCUUGUCAAAGGACUGUCCAUUCCAGUGACAUGUAAAAUUCGAAUUCUUCCCACUAUUGCAGAGACUGUGCAGCUUUGUAAACUGAUUGAAAGCACAGGAGUGACAGCUCUAGCUGUCCACGGCCGAGAAAAACAUGAACGAUCUCGCCAACCUGUCCACACUGAAUACAUACAAGCAGUCGCGGCAGCCGUGGCCAUACCUGUCAUCGCUAAUGGAGGUUCUCUUGACAUCAAGACCUUUAGUGACAUGGAGCAGUUUCGUUUACAAGCAGGGUGUGCGUCAAUCAUGGUUGCGCGGGCCGCACAGUGGAACCUUUCUGUAUUUCGGAGAGAAGGCCCUUUGUCCCACCUUGAUGUUGUCAAGGCAUACAUCAAGACAGCUAUUGAAUGUGACAACUCUUUUGGUAACACCAAGUACUGUGUCUUGCGGCUUAUGCAUGAGCAAUACACAAGUGAGGCUGCUGCUGAGUUCACAGCUGCGAAAGACAUACGUGAGAUGUGUGAAGUUGUUGGCCUUGUAUCUUUUUAUAAGAACACUCUACUGACAAGACAAGCAAAACAGCAAGCCCUGGAAAAGUGUGGCUCUCAGAACCCUACCAGCCUAAUCAAGCGCAGGUUGAGUGAUGACUCCAUGGAUCUGGUUGAAAUGAAAUUCAAGUUCAGAAGGAAAGAUUACCCUGAUACGAUUACUCCAAAGUCUGUGUUGUUUGAGUGGACUAGAGACCAAAAGUUGCAACCACCGUCUUAUGAAAUGCGAACUCGUGAGGAGGACUGCAGCUUCAAGAGUAUUGUAAUAGUGGACAACACUAAAUAUGCUUCAACAGAAUGGUCGUCUCAUGCGCGUGCGUCGCCACGAUAGACGUGUAAACGAAUGCAAACAAGUAUGGACAGAAGAACGCCACGAUAGACGUGUAAACGAAUGCAAACAAGUAUGGACAGAAGAACGCCACGAUCACGGACGCGAACAUGUAGUUCGACUUCUUUCGCCAUAGGGUGACUGCAAUGGCGCUGGAUGUGAGUAGUAAGGGGUGUGAGUAUAGGGGACGGCAGGAAUGCGUAGAAUGUGGUGAAUGUGCCACACCUAGCUUAAAGGAUUUUCGGUGUCAAGUAUCGGUAUGUGUGGGCUGGGACCUAGGGGGGGAAAGGUAUGCGUGCGUAUCAAGUAUCGGUAUAUGGGGUGCCCUGGUGUCUAGGGGAGAAAAGGAAUGCAUUGGUGGCGCAUUUCUUGUUACGCUCAGGGUUCCGCUUAACGGGCCGCGUUGACGUAGUGCUGUGUGCUUAUCAUCCAGGGGGUAGUAUAAGGUCAUAGCGGCAUCGUUUUAUGAUGCGUUGACAGGAAUAAAAAAAGGUGCUUUUUCACUGGUUAACGGUGUUGUCAUAUCUCUGUAAUACGGUUGGAUGAUGCAUAUGUUAUUAGCUUUUAUUUCCGUUUUGAAAAAACAAAAAGGCGGGGGGGGGGGCGGUUUAAGGUUUUAUUUCCUUUUCUUUUUAGGGUUAUCUCCAAGCUACGUUUGUGCUUAGCGUUAUCUCUUGCCUUCAUGCUUUUUAUCGAGGUGGUGGGCUUUACUGAUGUUUAUGUACCCUCACCACUUUCUCCCUACGAUGAUGGCACGCCGCAACAUCAAAUCAGCCAGGUCCUCUAAAAUGAUUCACGGAAUCGGCGCAAGGCUUCUUCACUGGUAGAGAGGAGUGCUCUGCUAGCUUCCCUCCCAGUGUAUAUAGAGGCCUAUCACGCUCUCGACGUGGUACAUGCCAAACUAGCCAGUUGUUUAUCUGUGUUUGGAGCGAGUUUAUGCGUACCGCUAGCUUUGAGAACGUGGUUGAGGUAUUUUUCCUUCAGCGUAGGUCCAUUUCUAGUGGUUGUACUAUUUUGUUUCCUUAUGAUGGGAAAGCAAUGGUGGCUUGUGUUAGAGUAGGAAUCGGAGUCAUUUUUAAUGUGUUUCGUUUGGGAUUAUGCGUUUUAAGACGCUGUUUUUGUUUAUACAAGUUCAAUCAAGGAAUUAUCCCCGUGUUUGAUCGAUAUGCGAAGGGUCUGGGGUCUAGGGGCUGGUUGCUAUGUAAGGAAUGCUAGAUAUCUGGGUCUGGGUUCUAGGGGAUGGCAGUUAUGUGUGGAACACAGUCAAAAGUCUAUAAGAAUGCAAGAUUAUUUUUAGCCCAAAGGUAUAGCAUUGUGCAGCUAGACUAGUCAUUAUGGCUUCCUCUAUGCAAUGUUUCUGCAAAGUUGGGCUAAAAGAGGUCGGUCGAGGCGUUUUUAAGUGCGGUACAGUGCCUAAUUAUGAAGCUGACCCACAUGUCAUUGGGUGCGGGCUGUAUUGCUCAAAUACGCAAUACCAGAAGCUUCGCGAGGCCAUUCCGCUAGGGACGACGAUCGAGCAACUACCAAGGUGCGAGCAUAACCUGAUUUGCCGCAUAGGGUUCUCUAACACAAAGUGGCCAAAGGAUCGCUUGUAUUUCACAUGUCCACUUACACCGCCGAACCAGAAAUGUCAGUCUAUGAUGUGCGGGUCGACGGAGGAAGACAAGCAGAAAAACAAAAAAGCAAUUGCUGUCUGGUCGGGGCCAGUGAAGUCACCAGCGCCACGAUCACAGCACCAGCCGGAGGACAGCCAAAUGUGGUUCGCGCAAAGCCGAGUGGUGAUAUCUUCGGGGGGAAGCGACGGGGAAGAAGAGGAGGAGACAUCGGUGCUACAACCGCUAAAAAACGUCCAGCCCAGCGCCAAACCAAGAAAGAUACCAAAACUGGUGAUACCCGUGCGAAAAAGAAAGCUGGGGAUGUCGUCAACCACCGGCGUGGUGGAGUAGGACGAACAGUGACUAAGACGGAAGUUUUAGAUGAGAGUUCUGUGGCGCAGGUCUCACCACCACCGUCAACACCUUCGGACCCCUUACAAGUGCUACAGCAGUGUCACCCGGUUGGCACCCCGCGCAAUAACGAGGACUCACCACGGGUAUCCCUGGUGGUUAGAAAGUUCAUGUAUACUGUUAUGAAAAAAGUUCAGCAGUAUUUUUAUAGUAAGCUAGUAGAGGCAAUGAAGACACCCGAGCGGGAAAUAGAAGUGUUUUAUCUUGCUAAGCGUGCUAUUGCUAACCAUUUCGGGGCUUUCUUAGCGUCCUCGCCAAUGUUAAAAUAGGUGAAAUGUCACUAGGGGUUGUGAAGCGUGAGUUUGAGGGUGUUAGUCACGCUGACGGUGGUGAAGAGACAGACGGACGUCCGUGGUCGCGUGCGGAGUGUGAUUUGGAGAACGUCGCGACCGACACGGCUGAUUGUGUGAGAAUAAUGAUUAGUGUUUGUGUUUAGUUUGUGUCAAUAGUUAUGCAUGCUCAGACCCUCAUCUUUUGUACCCCUUAUCCAUAAAUAAAACGUUUUCUGU